UGCCGGCAGCUCGUCGACGGCGAGUGCGGCCCCGGCGCUCCCGAGGACGGUCGCUAGGCCUAAUACCGCCUGCAUCUCUCCGCACUUUCGCCGCGCGCCCGUGCAAUUUGCAUCUUGCUCCCGUGGACGUGCGAACGCGUGGGUGUGCAUCGACGCUUGUGCGUCAACCGUGAGCGCUGGUGCGCGUUUUGAGUGCGGUUUCGUCUCUCGCAGUGCGCGUGUGUUGGUGGUGGUGUGUUGUGUGCUCUUCAUCGGCAGCGGGAACGACUUCGGCUCGGCGCGCGCCGGCGCCUCGUCGUCCUGGUGUUUCGCCGUGCUCCCGAAAGCCGCCGGCCCGGUUUGCACGCUCAAAGUAGCCAGGCAUCAUCUUCUGCCCAUUCUACAGUUCUUUGGUUCGGGCCGGUGAAAGUGGUCGCUGUUGCAACAGUCGCUUGAGCACCUUUCCGAGUGACGGUCUAAAGCCUCCCUCGUAGACAGCCAACUGCCGCUGACUUGCGUCUGAGGAUACUCCUCGGUUUCCCCCUGUCGACGAGACUCCUGAACUCGUAACUUGGGACGAGCGACUAGCCGUAAACAGUGGUUGACGACGUCCCCCGGCGUGCUUCGUGAUUGGCCACUCGGAUGGCGCGCGUGGCUGCUGCCCCGAGGGCGGUAACACCACGGCUGCCGAGCGGAGGGCGCCGCCCCGCCGGGCCGCGGGUCGCCGCCGCCGCGACUGCUGCGGCCUGAGCGGCGGCCGAGCGUCCACCGCCAUGACAGCGGUCCAGCAGUCGUCGACCGGCCCGGGCCCCGGCGGCACGGGACUCGCCGGGGCCACGCUGCUGCGAGCCGGACUGUACGUGCGACACGUGCGCCACAGGCGGUUCCUCGCCAGAACAUGUCAGUACCUGUUGCUGGCAAUCCUCUCUGUCACUGUGGUGAUCAACGUGAUGUUCAUCAUGGACACCAGCCGAAAGCUCCAAGAGGACUCGCCGUCCCAGGAAGGCCGGCACAAUGCUCUGCACCUACAAGACAGCCUGCCCAAGACACUCACAAUCGAAGUCGUCUCGAGCCAGUCCAAGGUGUCCGUCACUGUCGACGGAACGACGAUUCUGGAUGACUCAGAAGACAACAAGGGUCGUGGCAUCCACGUCCUCGUCCUCAAUCAAGCAACGGGAAGUGUCAUGGCACAACGAAUGUUUGACACAUACUCACCUCAUGAAGAUGAAGCAAUGGCUCUCUUUCUCAACAUGGUCUCUGAUGGACGGGUGCUCAUCUUCACUAUCAAAGACGAAGGUACUUUCCAAAUGAAGCAGCCAGCGAGAGACCUGCUGAAGCGACUAGGAAGUAAGAAGUCUCACGUCAUCAGCUGGAGGGACAUGUGGGGGAUGGUCACGCAGAAAGGAGGAAAAAUGUAUGGAGAGACGUACAGUAAAAGCCCCGAGUUCAACAGCUGGGGUGCACCUGUACUGCUCAAAGUCGAAGUCCCUCUGGUUCCCGUUGAAGAUAGCGAGUGUGACUGGCCCGAUAACGAGGAGAACCAGCGUCGCCGGGCCUUCUGCAACCACAUUGAGGGCUACGGCAGUGUCUGCAGUUGCGCCGACCCAGCCCCAUUGACGUUCUCGCCAGAGCCUGUCCCAAACAACAGGGUAAAAGAUGUACCAGUGGCCAUUGUUGCUAGCAAUCGGCCCCACUACUUGUACAGAAUGCUCCGGUCACUGCUGUCGGCUCAUGGGGUGAAUCCCAGAAUGAUCACAGUAUUUAUUGAUGGGUACUUUGAGGAGCCAUUGGAAGUCACGAAGCUGUUCAACAUUAGGGGAAUACAGCACACGCCAAUAGGCAUGAAGAAUGCCCGGAUAUCUCAACAUUACAAGGCUAGUCUCACUGCAACCUUCAACCUCUUUCCCGAUGCCCAGUAUGCCAUUGUAAUAGAAGAGGACCUGGAUGUAUCUCCAGACUUCUUCAGCUACUUUAGUCAAACGCUGAGGCUGCUCGAAGAGGAUGACUCCAUUUACUGCAUUUCUGCUUGGAAUGACCAGGGUUACGAGCACACAAGUGAGGACCCGGCACAGUUGUACAGAGUGGAGACUAUGCCGGGUCUUGGGUGGAUCCUCAAGCGUAGCCUGUACAAGGAAGAGCUAGAACCCCGGUGGCCCACUCCUGAAAAGCUCUGGGACUGGGACAUGUGGAUGCGGCUGCCGGACGUUCGCAAAGGGCGCGAGUGCAUUGUGCCGGACGUGUCUCGGACGUACCACUUCGGCUCGUCGGGCCUCAACAUGAACUCCUACUUCCAAGACGUCUACUUCAAGAAGCACGCCUUCAACACGCAGCCUGCUGUUCAGCUGAAGGAGAUUGACAGUGUCAAGAAGGAUAACUAUGAGCAGGUGAUCCAUGACCUGCUGAGACGAGCCAUUGUGUUGGACCACAGUAAAAGUCCAUGCGAAGAGAACUUCAUCCCUGACACAAAGGGGGAGGUCUACGUCAUGUUCUUCAAGAUGAACGGCCUCAGAGAUUUCUCUACGUGGCUCCAAAUUGCCAAGUGCUUCAAGAUAUGGGACCUCGAUCCCAGGGGUUACCACAAGAGUAUGUGGCGCCUAUUUAUGAAGGGAAACCAUUUGCUUGUUGUUGGCGUGCCAAACUCUACCUACUCGUCUUUCAAGCCAGCCAAAGUGACGCCCAUAUACCUUGAGGGACAGAAAAUAGACAAAGACCGGCUGCGAUAGUGCCCACGGUCAAGAUACUCUGCUUUCGUGAAGUGCAGGGAACUUUUUUGCCAUGACUUGCAAAGACAUCUUUUCAUUCGUGUGUGUGCGUGCGUGUACGUGUCGUUGCUAUGUGUGUGCGCGUGUGUGCAUCCAUGUUAUAUAUAUAUAUAUAUAUACAUAUAUAUAUAGUCAGUGUCUGCAACUGCUACUCGUCGACGGCUGCGCGGCGAGAACGAGACAAGUCGUGGUGACCGGUGACUGUUGUGCGAGACCCAACUGCCACGUACUGUACCGCCAAAGUGACCGUAACGUCGGCCAAAAGGACUCUACGGAGACCAUGUCGCAAGAGGUCUCAAUAUCGCGCUUGUAAUAUAGGCCUGUACAUUUCUUAGGUUCGUCCUUUUAGGUUGCGAGUAUCGUGCCUAGGUGAGUCUCCGAAAGAGACUAGCAUUGCAUGUGUAGCAAUUACCUUGUCAGAUGUGUGCCGCUGGAGCAAAGUUCGGUGGCCACUUCGAGUUGUAUAGUACUUAAGCAAACUUGUCCGAAGCCAAUGCGAAAAGAAAACGCACACCUGUAAAAGUCGUUAGGUCCGAAGUCUGCAGAGCGCUGCUAAUGCAUUGUGCUGUCUUGUUAGCCGUACUUCACAAACUGGCCUUGGAAAUCAACAUCUGACCUGUAAAAAAAAACUCAGGAUUAUAAUGGCGCUCCUUUGUGAAAUACAAAGACUUAUCGUUA